CCCGGAUAAGGGAGACAACAGCCUACUUUCGGUUGCGUACAAUAUAUGUUAUUGAUUAACCAUGAUCACCAGAUCCUACUUCAUCUGUGUGUUUGCAGUGCUGAUACACAAAGUCUCUCUGCAGCUCACAGUAGAGGGUUUUAAUGGAGGUUCUGUUGUCCUGCCGUGUUCUUCAACUCGGCAUGGUUAUAAACCUCAAGACAUUGAAGUGUUUUGGAGACACAAUGGCAGCAAGAUUGUGUUUGAUAUAAUCAAGGGUAAAUAUUUAGUAGAGCAACAGGAGCCACGGUACAAGAACAGAACUUUCCCUGAAGAGUAUAAGAGAGGAAACUUCAACAUCAGACUCACUGCUCUCAAUCACGCUGAUGCAGGAGAAUACACCUGUCUCAUCGCACACUCAUCUGAACAUAAUACUGUGGAGCUGAUCAUCAAAGAGCCAACAACAGAAAGUGGAACUAAAUCAGCUGGUCAAGAAACCCAAAAACCAGAAACAGAUGUGGUGACAUCAUCAUCUUUGCUCUGGGUUUACAUUACAGUAGCUGUAUUAAUAUUAAUUAUGCUUAUAGCCUGUUUCAUCUAUAGAAAAAAAAUUCAAGCUGCUUUAUUCUCUCCUGUCUUGACUGAAGAUAAAGAACAGACAGAAACAAAUGUGUAAAAGUUUCAAAAGGUAUUUUACCUAAAUUGUUACAGCUUUCAUUGUUUCAUUCUGGUGUCAGAGACACUGUUUUGUGCAUUUAUAUUCUUGCUGUUUGAACUUCCUUGCUCUUAUUGUAUAACAGAAUUAGGGGUGAGCCCGAAUAGUCGACGAUUCUUUGUUUUGAUUCGAGGAGCCCGAUUUACCGGAAGUUCUAAGCAGCUGUGCAUUAUUUAUUUUUUCCUUCUUGUUUUCUCGUUAUAACGACUUAAUUUUCUCGUGAUCUCGACAUAACGAGUUGUUUUCUCAUUAUAACAACUUAAUUUUCUCGUUAUCUCGACAUAAC